AUGAACUUCACCUUCCCGCGGUUCAUACUCCAGACUUCAACAACCUUAAGAAACCAUGGUUAUAUACUUUUUUCUCCCCCCCACAGAAAAAAUUAUUCUGCAAUUACACUCUCCUCAUCUACAAAGUCAGGUGAAGAAACACUAUUGGUAGUUGGUGGUGGAGCUGCUGGAACGUAUGGUGCCAUUAGGGCUAAAACUGUUGCUCCUCAUCUUAAAGUUAUUGUCAUUGAGAAAGGGAAGCCAUUAUCAAAGGUUAAGAUUUCCGGAGGUGGACGAUGCAAUGUGACAAAUGGGCAUUGUGCUGACAAUAUGAUUUUGGCAGGAAACUACCCAAGAGGUAAGAAAGAACUGCAAGGAUCAUUUUUCAAUAUGCACAGCCCAAUGGAUACUAUGUCAUGGUUUACCGAUCGUGGUGUUGAACUGAAGACUGAAGAUGAUGGAAGAGUAUUUCCUGUCAGUAACAGUUCAUCUACGGUAAUAGAUUGCCUCAUGUCUGAAGCAAAGAAGAGAGGGGUUUUGCUGCAGACUGGCAAAACUGUUACAAGUGCAUCGAUAGCUGGUGGGAAAUUCUUGGUCAAAAUUGAAAAACGCACUGUUGAUUAUAUGGAAUAUGUUGAAGCUGAUUACCUAUUGAUUGCUAGUGGGAGUAGCCAGCAGGGUUAUCAUCUUGCUACUCAACUUGGCCAUUCUAUAGUGACACCUGUUCCCAGUUUAUUCACUUUCAAGAUUGACGAUUUACAGUUAGCAGAAUUGUCUGGGGUUUCUUUUCCUAAAGUGAGAGCAAAAUUGAAGCUAGAAAAUGUUCAAAAGAACAUACCCGAGCUGACUCAGGUUGGGCCAAUGUUAGUAACACAUUGGGGAUUUAGUGGGCCCGUGAUUCUUCGGUUAUCUGCUUGGGGAGCUCGUCAUCUCUCAGAUUCAUAUUACAAAGGGACACUUCUCGUGGAUUUCGUUCCCGAUCUGCACAUAGAAUAUGUGAAGAAAGUUCUUAUCCAGCAUAAAAAUCAAUUUGUGAAGCAAAAAAUUAUCAAUUCGUUUCCUUCAGAAUUCAGCCUCGUGAAGAGAUUUUGGAGAUAUAUAAUAGGACGUGAGGAUAUAGGAGAUCUUUUGUGGGCUUCCGUUUCCAACAAUGUAUUAAUAUCAAUUGCUUUUCAGCUAAAGAAUUGUUCUUUCAUCGUGAAAGGGAAGGGACAAUUCAAGGAUGAAUUUGUCACUGCAGGCGGCGUUCCAUUGUCCGAGAUAUCUCUGAACACAAUGCAGAGCAGGAUCCAGCCACAUCUAUUCUUUGCUGGGGAGGUACUGAAUAUUGAUGGUAUAACUGGAGGCUUCAAUUUCCAGAAUGCUUGGUCGGGUGGAUAUAUUGCAGGAACAACUAUCGGCAACCUGGCAAUGGCUGCUAAUCUGGACGAAGCAGCAUUAUAG